CCGUGCUCAUUGUUUCGUGGAGCUCUACCGCGUGACCACGUGUGUGUGUGUGUGUGUGAGUGCGGUUUUUGUCUUUUCAUAAUUUCCAUUUGAUGUAAGUAUGUAAGCCCGCGUCCCUCCUCGCAUAUCGCCUCCCGCCGGCCUCUAUCGCAGUGUCUAUUUGUCAGAUAUGGCAGGCAGAGCACAAAUCGGAGAGGCCAGUGCGUUUCUACCCGCCCCUCUCAGACACGUUGCCCUGGGAGAGGCUGCACGGGCUGGAUAGGAUGCCUGCUUUGGUUUCAUGGUUUCACUAUAUCAGUCGGCUCAGUGCGGCUGGAUGUCCUCAAGUCACCGGGCAGCGCUUCUGGUCCGCAAUGCUCUCUGCUGGCUAGGAGUCUAAGUUUACCAUGUCGACCUCGGACUCGGAUUACUCCAUUGACUGGCUUGCCAGUGAUGAAGAGGACUGUGAUAGUCCAAACAGAUUAAGUCCUCAGCAUACCGAGGCACAGCCACCGCCGUCUUCUACCACAUCCUUAAGGGAAUCUCCCACAGGCCAUCACAUCCGCUCUGGACUGACUCAAAGCAGGGAUGAUGGCUGUGCCUGUAAAAAUGGAGACCACCGUGGGAGCAGCGGUGCUGACUCUCUGGCCCCCCUGCAGCCUCCCUCAGCCACUCCAGUUCAGGGAUUUACCUGUGUCAGCCAGCAGACACCUUCCAGGGCCUUCUGUACUUCUUCAAAUGGUGCAGUUGCAAAGCAUCAUCAUCAAAUGAGGAAGAGAGCACACAGCCCUGGUUUGGAAGGACUUGAAAAGCCCAAACCAGGCACUGAAAAAGAACUAUUCUCACAAAAGUGCGCGGACCUGCAGUGCUACGUCCAGCCUCUGUCGUCCAUCCUGCAAGGCCUGCAGUCAGGGAGAUACUCUGAACGUCUCAGCAGUUUCCAGGAGAGCGUUGCAAUGGACCGUAUCCAGAGAAUAAUGGGAGUCCUUCAGAAUCCAAACAUGGGCGAACGCUUUCUCAGCAUCAUACUGAAAAUAGAAGUAAUGCUUCACAGUUGGUUCCCCCAUGUAAAACCAAACGUGACCGUCACCCAGGCAAAUGACAGCACUCCGACUAAGAGGCAAAAGUAUAACACCAGUGCCACCCCGCCCCCAUCCUCUCCAGUGUCCCAGUGCUCCUCUGAUCUCGACUGGGCCCCCAGAAUCACUGAUGGCCCGCCUGCCAAUGCAUACUCUGCUACUCACCUCAAAUGGCUGCACACCUCACCCAUCUGCUCCCUCAAAACACCUGAACCAACCCUGGGCCGGCCCCCCGCUCCUGCGUCGCCUCCUCCUGCACGCUAUAACCUGGAAGUAACCCAGGACAACGCAGUCUCUUCCAGCACAGAUUCUCAGAGCGAGCCCCUCCACCACCCCAACGCAACCCCCCGUCUCAGCCAGGGGCUCCUCCCCUUCAAGAUCAGGUCCCCUUGCCUGGAAAGACUGCUGCAGGCUAAGGACAGCAUCAUCACCUCCAGAAUUCUGGGAGACAGUAGCACAAGCGAGCGGAGCUGGAUGUCCUAGCCGCAGAAGGCAGGACUCAGACCGGCGUGUGGACUUGGUACGUGCUGGAACUACUACGGUCCAUCAGUGAGGACACACCUGGGCAGGACAGGAUCUCACCAUGCAGGCCCUGAAAGCUCGAGCAAAGCUCAAAGGUUACCACGCCUUACAAAGCAUGUUUGGAAGUCAUCUAAGUCCAGCUUUUAUUAUCCUCAGCUGACGCACACGCACUGCUCAGAUGUUGGGUGAGCCUCGGGGUGUUGAGUGACAGAGUGAAAUAACAGGCCACUGGGUUAAAAGGGCAAAGCGGAUAUGACUUUUUUUGAUGACGGCUGGUUUUCGGGGCAUGACUGAUCAAGAAAUGUAUGUGCGUUAACAAAACCAGCUCUCUCCGUUGAGCUUUCACUAAUUUUGUUUGAGUUGGAUGCAAGUCAUCUUAAAGAGUCCAAAGGUUGAAACGAUGUUGGCAGAGGACAUUUAUCUGGAUAUGUUCCCUCGACAAAAGACUGAGUGAGCAUACAGAGAAUGAAGGCAGGAAUAAUGGGUCCUAGGUCUGAUUCCCCCUGAAAACAGUGUCAGUGGUGAUCUGUGUGAAUACACAUUACUUGUACGGGAAGGCAGCUGAAAGCUGAGUACUUUGACUGUUACUUUGUUGAUCCGCUCCUCCUUUGGUUUGUAAUGAUUCCUCUACCUCAUGCUAAUGCCAUGCCAUAGUUUGACCACAUAACGUGAAGACAUUGAACAUAUGAGCGGCUUUUCCACCACAUGGUAUAACUCAACUCGUGAUUGGUCAGAAAGAAUAGUCACUAGAAUCAUCAGUGUCAUCAUUACGUGACAUGGGACAUCCUACACAAAUCUGUGAUUUACACCAGCUCUGAUGUAGGAUUUCCCAAACUGACUUGUUUUUUUCCAGCGGUUUUCUGUCUUGCUGCCUCCAGCCUCUUCUCAAACAAAAUUUGUCUGCUUGUGUGACAAACAGCCACACACUGAAAAUCAACACCACCAUCCGUUCCACAUCCUCCAUUGUUUCUGUGUAUGUCAUCUUGAAGAUGAUGUCAUGGCAGUGUCAUGCACUGUUGCUACUAACAGCCAGCUGCAGUAAGGGGUACUCUCUGGAGAAAUCCAGAAAAGUACCUGGUACCAAAAGUGAGUAGAGUCGAGUUGAGCCAUACCAUGCGGUGGAAAAGCGUCUGUUGUUGCAGUCAGGUGAAAACCCACAUCUCCAAAAUGUGGCGUUUUCAGAAGCUCAGAAAUGCGCCUCGUUGAGCUUGACAGCCAUGCAUUUUGAGUUUAUCUAAAGGGGUUUGAAAGUUUUUAGAAAGCCAAUGAUAGUAGUAUUUUCCUCAACGCAUAAAGAACCAUGUAAUCCCCGAAUUGAAGUGGGGAAAAAAUAAAAUCACUGAAAUUGGACUUAAUUGUACAACAGUACUAUGUCUAUGUAAUGUAAAUCCUGAUAUCUACAAUACUUAUCUAAUCAAUUCUUGUCCUUCACACAAUGCAUCAGUUCAAGGGUUAGGGUUAGGACUUGCACAUUACAAUGAGAGGAAACAUAUUUUGUCACAAAUGGAACCAGAACCUGCGGAGUAUUUCAUUGUGCCGCUGCUCUGCAACAGAACAAUUCCAGGGACCCAAGAGGAACAACAGAGACCAGAAACAUCUCCUGCCACAUCCAGUUUAAGUCAACCGACAGCUCUUGCCAACAUUGUCCUACAAAGAGACACUGAGAUAGUGUGAACACUCUGCUUAUCAACGUAGAGAAGCUUUCCUUUGUGUACAUUUUUUUUUCUCAAGUUAUUUACCCCCCAAAAAUGGCCUUUGUGAUAUUUUAUACUUAUGAAAUAAAUGUGACAUCUGCUUUCUGAAAGGAAGUGUUCUGCUUACUCUCCAUCAUUCCUUUUUUCCCCAGGGGUUUUUGGUUAUGCAGCAAGCCUCAGCACAGAAGACACAAAGUCAUUUUUAAAGCAUUUAUUGUGUUUUGUAUGCUUUAGGAAACUCGGCAUAGGCAAUUUAGAAAUUAAAACAAAAUAAAUAUGGAUAUUAUGUAAAACAUUUUCCUAAUGAAGCAUUUUACACAAUGUACAAUAUUCUUUUUUUUCCCUCCCAACCACUGGCUUGAAUAUUCUAUACACAUUUCCAAACAAAAUAAACAUACCUCCAUGCAAAAACCCUGAAAAUGGGAUGUGGAGCAAUGGG